GAAAACCGACCCGAUUGUGACCAUCGAAUCGAACAACGGCGAUAAAAACAAAUUCAAGACUCUGGUAAUUCCUGCGUUUUCUCUUUGGAAAACUCGGGCGGGUAUUAUCACGGCAAAGUCUCCGGCGUGGUCCGGCACCGACCAAUUCACUUUCCGAGUUGCUUCCAAAACCCAGAAACCCAAAAAUGAAUCCAAGCGUCGCUGUGAAGGAAGAACAAGUGAUAAAAUCCGAGUUGGAAACAGAAACGGAUGUGGAUGAAGGCGAUUAUGAUGAGGAAGAGAUGCUCGUCUUUGUGGACUUCGAGCCGUAUCUAUCACUGAACAACACGCGGAACCCCAACGUUCAGCUGAUUGGGCUGGAGGAAAAUCCCAUAAUACAGAUCGAUGGCGAAACCUACCGAGGCACCUACGAUUACGCUUUCGGUACGUACGUGUUCUUCGAGAAAGACCCCGAGUGGAACCCGUCCUCCGAUUCGCUCUUCGAUACACCGGUUAAGCAGAUGUACCGGUACGUGGACAAGUCCAACAAGGUGCUACGGAUGAAACGGAUCUUUCUUACGGAAAAAGAACCGCUGGACGAGGAAAAGCAGGCCAAGGAUGAGGUCAGCUCGGAGGCGGAAUGUUCUAGCGAGCCGGAGGAGGACCAAAGGGAAAAGUUCAAUGUUGCGAUGAGCUACGAGGCGGCCCUGAACCAGCACCUGUCCGAAGGAAGCACCCCACCGCGACACAUUCCAGAGCAACAGAACGGUGCCGACAUUAUCAAUAGGAUCAUACAAUAAGGCGUUGGAGGAGCUUUAAUUUUAAUGCUAUAAGAUAAAAGCAUAUUGUACAAUAUGGCCUUGUUGUAAAUACACUUUCUUGUAACAAUUUCAAUUGUUAUUUCCUGCCGU